GCGCUGCUGCCAAUGUGAAGAGAUUUUCUGCAGCAAGUGCGCUGCGAGGAUGCACCGAAGCGGUCGCAUGCGCGAUCACCAGCUUGUACCAAUACCGCAGGACAAAGCGCCUGCAAUUGUCUCAAGUCCUCAGCGACUGGAGCCCUCUACGAGUAUGACCUGCCGAAAGCAUGCAGGUGAACCUCUUCAGUUCUUCUGUCAGACCUGUGUGGAGUGUAUUUGCACGGAGUGUGUGAUUCCGCGGGGAGCGGCUCACCAUGGUCAUGACGUGGUCAACGUGAGAGUGGCCUUCCAGCAGCUCUCCCAUUCCAUGAAGCAGGCUUUGGAGACGGCUGCAACUCGUCUACAAGGGAGCCCUGCCAGGAAGCAGACCGAGUUGCUUCCGCUGGAGAACGGCUUCAGCAAGGUAAAAAUUGACCUCGUAAAUGCCUUCGAGAUCCU